CAUCAAACGACGACCAUGGCGAUCUUCCUCGGCUCCAAGUCCUCCACGACCGCCAAGAAGAACGAGAAGAAGACGUUGAAGGGCUGGUGGCGCAAGCUCGUGGCCAAGACGGAGCGCCCGACACGGUUCCCCGUCGUGCCAUUGCCGGCCAAGUACGCCAACGAGUCCAAGCAGACAACGGUCGUCGGUGGCAAGCCCGUGCCGUUCUUGCCGCAGCAAGUCGCGUCCAUGAAGGCGCGGGUCUCGGUCGACGAGCUUGGGCCGAUUGACGAGCUGAAAGAAGGCGUGCAGCCCAAGAAGGUCGUGCAGGACCCGACGAUUGUCUCGACCAACAUGGUCUUGAUGAUGUCGUCGGCCAUGUGAUCAGCUGCAAGUAAGCGUACUAGUGAUAGUUAAGUUAUUCAAUACUGAUAGUCGAGUGUUCUC